GCUUUUAUCUACGGUUAAUAUUAUGUAUUAUUUCGCAAUACUAUGUUAAAUACAAAAUGGCGACGUGUUCGUCCGAGGAAGCUUAUGAUUACAAUUGUACGCCUUGUACUCAACAGGAAAGGUUUGUGGAAGCCAAAAGAUUUUGUGUUGAAUGUGGCGAGUACUUCUGCUCAACAUGUUUGGCCCAUCAUGAGAAAUUUGGUUUAACUAAAGGACAUACACUAGUUAAAUGUGAGGAAGUUUCAAAAGAGUCUGUACCGACAUGUUUAAGUAAAUGUGACUUGCACACUGACAAGGAGGAGGAUAUGGUCUGUGGUGAUCACGAUGUCGUCUGCUGUCGUGUUUGCCUAGCAAAAGACCACAAAUCAUGUCAAGAUAUCGGUUAUUUACCGGACGUCGCAAGUACAUUUAAAGAGGAGGGAGGACUUGAAAUUUUAGAUGAAGAUUUAAAAAGUAGAAUGAAAACGUUAAAACUCUCGUAUGAAAAACAUGCUAUUCAUGGCGCCCAGCUCAGAAUGAGAAAGAAGACAAACAUAAGGCGACUAAAAGUAUUCAAAGAAUCAAUAACUGAAUUGAUCGAAACUGCUGUGACUGAAGCUGAGGAGGAUAUUGAAAAUUCACUCGAACCACAUAUUUGCAGUACACAAAAACUUACGGAGGCAGCGAAAGAAGAACUGUUAAAACUCAGUAUUCUCUCAGAAGACUUAAUAAAUGAAAACAAUGCAAUGCUGGAGUAUAAGAAAGCCUUACAUUGCAAGCGUGCUUUAAGAGAAAUUCAAAGUAACAAUGAUGAUUGCAAAAUGACACAUGAUAACAAAUACGUUGACAAAGUUGUGAAAACUCUUUCUUCCUUUCUGACAGAUCAGUGUAGCUUCGGUGCUAUAAAAGUAUCUAGCACUGACACCGAAUUCGAUAUCCCAAAUAUGUGUGUAUUAGAAGGUGGUUAUGUUUGUAUAGCAGAUUAUCAUGGACGAAAAAUCAAAUUAUUGGAUAAUGACCUAAAUGAGGAUAUGACCUAUGACACAAGAUGUCUUAUUUGGGGGGUAUGUGCCAUAGACAAACAUAUGAUAGCAUUUACUAUGCCUUCUUUAAUGACAGUUGAAAUGGUAGAAUUUACCAAGAAUCCAGUGUUUAAAAGUAGUUUCUCUGCGAAAUUUCAUUGUCGUGGUAUUGCCUUUUUCGAGAAUAAUUUAUAUAUGGCUGGUGGUGGUUUUCUCAAAGAAGAGCCUGGACAAAUUAAUAUAUUUGAUAUAGAGGGAAAUCAUCUUACAAAAUUUGAGAUGAAAUCAAAUGGUAACCGUUUCUGUGCUCCGAGAAGUUUGACUGUAAACACCAACAACAUCUUUGUCACGGAUUGUCAAAAAAAUAGUGUCGUCUGUUUAGAUUUUGAUGGUGUCUGGAAAUGGAUUUUAAAGACCACAAGAUUUACUUUCCCGUGGGGAAUUUGUCUUACCACAAACGGGAAUCUUUUAAUUUCUGGACGCGGCUCAGACAACAUUGUGGUUGUUAGUAAAAAUGGAGAGUUCUUGGGUGAAAUUCUAAACAAGGAUGACAAUAUUUCAACACCACAGGCAAUUGCCAUUGACAAUGAAAACAGCCGCCUUUUGGUCUUUGGAUCAAAGAAGCCUUAUCUAGAGAUAUUUAACUCAAAUUUUUGCGAAAUAUGAUACUUAACUAUUCUUAACUGAUCAAUAUGUUUAUAGCAUUUCAUUUAAAAAACUCUAAGGAAUGUGAAAAAACUAAUAUGUGAUAUUGAUAUAGACAUAUAUGUGUUGAUCUAUCUACCCGUAAGUAAGCAAGUGAGUAAUCAGUAAGUAUGGAAAUUGUUGAUUAUAUUGACAUUGUGUAUAUAUCAAAUAUAAAUACAUGAUAAUAAUACAUAUAAAACACUCGCCCAUUGGACAUAUAAGUCACCUUAUUAUGAAUGAACAAAUAUAUAAAAUGUGAACAAUACAUAGGAACAUUUAAUUGAGAUCAAAGUUGCUGCUCGAUCUGUUAAUUGCAGUAUCACAUUACAGAAAAUGGACGGUCAAUAUAUGAUCAUGUUUUACUAUUGUCAUCUCAAACGUCAAUUACCAAUUAUAAAACAGACCUCUCCUGGACAAGAAAUUUUAUUAUUUUGUUCUGGUGAUUAUAUUAAUAAGAAAUACUAA